CUUACGGCCCAGAAAGAUAAACAGAGACUGGCGACACAUAAGCCUCCUUUACUCUCAGAGAUUUUGCUAUUUGUUCAUUCUUGUGGUUACGGGGUUUACAUUUAAGAAACUAUACCCACACCUUCGUUGUGCCAUUUCUGCCACUUGAAAGUUGACACGCACGAAUUGAUCUGCCCCUUGCCGAACCUGUUCUACAACUCUGAUAGAUCAUUCAACUUUUUUCACACCCAGUGGGACACUCGUUUCGAACACUGCCAUGAACUUCCAGGGGCAGAAUAACUACAUGGGCAAUGCCCAGCUGGGCCAAUACGUGCAACAUCCCAUGGUUCAGGCUCCGGGCCCGCAGAUACAGAUGCUAGACCGAAACAAGCCGAACUAUCAAUACAUGAUGGUCAAGAACAUGAGCCACCCGCAGUUUAUUCCCCCGAAUGGCGUGGUUAUGCUGCCCAACCAGCAGGUUCAAAUGCAGCAGCAUAUCCAGUGGCAGAACCAGAAGACUGCGGCUCUACAACAACAGAUGCUACAGACCCAGAUUCAGCAACAAAUGCUGGGUCUGCAACAGCAACAAAUACAACAACAGAUGCAGAUGCAACAACAAAUGCAGACCCAGCAGCAGACCCAGCAGCAGAUGCAGCAGAUGCAACACCAGAUGCAACUUCAGCAACAACUUCAGCACCAAAAAGGACGGGUGCUGGUGCCUUUUGCGCCGCCCAUCAUUCCACAGUUUCUUAAUGUUCCCCUCAAUUCCCAGACCUCUGGCUCGCUGUUUUCACUGCCUACGAUGGGCAGUACCAGCAGUUUCUCAUCCCCCAUGUCCUCCCUGAACCCGCCAGUCCCCGCAGAUCCCUCGCCCGUAAGAGCUCAGAACUUCGGGGGGCCAAUAACACCGAUAGAAACAAACUACGCAUUUACCAGCGACAACCCGUACCUUCUUGCACAGCGCACACCAGAUGUCACGCUUGACGACUUGUUCGAAGACGAUCAUUUGUCGUAUGCCACAAGCAUAGCGGGGUUUUUCGAUGAUUCUUCGCUUCUAGAGCCAACUAUGGUCGAAGGUCUUGGAAUCACACUACCCCCGGAUUUUCAGUUCUCCGGAAAUGACUCUGAGCUGGGAAACCCGGGCCACUGCUCGGACUCCAUAGUAUUGAACUUCUUGGACGGUGACGGUUUUUCCGCGAUGCUCGAAGAUUCCCUGGAGAAAUCUCCUCUGGCUCCCUCCAACUCAGUUGCACAGGCAGCCUCUCCUGCUGAGUCUGUGUCCGAUCUGUCGCCGUUGGCACAGCUCCCCAAGCAACCAGUGAAAAACAGGCCCGUGGGAAAGCGCAACAAACCGUUACCCAAGCUCCCCAGGCGGGAUUCUGCUACUGCUGAUCACAUCCGUGGUCUUCCAGCUCCCAUGAAUGUUGUGCCAUACAGCUUCUCCAGUUCUUCUCCCUCACAAACAUCACCCACAGGAAUGCUCAAGACCUCGGGGGCAUCGCCGAAAGAGACUUGGAAGCUGAAGUCGGGGACAUCUGCAUCGGGACUGGGAGGUGCCACCAAAAAGCGAGGAAGCGUGGCUGGAGUUCGGAAGGUAAAGAGUGCCAACGGCUGGGUCAAGCCGGCAGCAUCUACCAUUGUCGCAUCGUCCGCCUCAGAUUCUGCGUUGUCGUUCCAGGAACACUUUUCUAGUCUGGAAUGGACUGCCGAAUUUUCCCCGCUGGCGUUUCUGAUUGAAAACAACCUGACGCUCGAUCCCUCUCGUAGGGGUAGCACUACUCCCAAGAAGAAAAAUGAGGUCGAGGAGAAGCCGAAACUGAAGCCCUCCCGCAAGUCGACACAAAAGAAUUCACCUGAAGAACUCCAGGGUUCUGUGUCGGAGUACUCGCUCGAUCCAGAGCUGGGCUGUGUUACAGGUGAGUUCCAUGUCCGCGGAGGUGGCUAUGGUGAGUUUGUGGAGGGUUUAGGGGGUGCUGGAAAAACCCCGUCGUCCAAGAGGCUCCGUCCUCCUAACAUAUUGAAAAGCAUGAAGGCAGGCUUGGUGGAGUUUCAGUUAAAGCUCACCAAGUAAUCAGGUGGAUAAUGGAAUACCACUAAUAAUAUAUACCGACUUUUGUCUAGAUGAAUAAAUUGCAUCAAGGCUCCUCCGCUGUACGAUAAUGAUCCGGAA